AUGUCUGCAGAUUUACUAGCGGAGUUCGGUCAGGACUCGGGGCCUCCGCAAAGCUCCGUAGGCAACUCACCAGCUAAACGACCACAAACAAACUCUUUGAUAUCUAGUCCAGAUCACAGCGGCGAAGAUUUUUUCUCGUCCUUAUCGACAAGAAAUCAACCGGGAAGGCCCUUGGAACCUACUUCGGCCUCAUCAGCAAACCGGUACCAAACUCCAACUCCGCGACAGCCGCCGGGCUUCGAGCUGUUCAAUCUACCUGGAACCGAGAACAGUGAUGUGCUGUUUGACGCUGAGACCGAUGCACCGGCCAACGACACAGAGGAUGACUGGGGGGAUUUCGAAGGGCCAGAAUCGACUAUCAAUGACUACCAACCACAAAACCAUAUCACACCUGAAGUCAAGCCGCCGGCAACCAAAUCUCAGCCGGUCCAGAUAGACUUGUUGGACUCGUUGUCGCUGGCAGACUCGGCACCAACUCCAAACAAACGGAUUGGCGCUUCCAUAAAAACAUCGAUACCCACCAGCAAUCCACCAGAACCAACCUGGGACGACGAUUCAUUUGGAGACUGGGAUGCAUUUACAGACACAUCAUCUGCCAAUACGGCUGCAAGUCACCCUAAGGGAAAAGCUCCUCCCAGGAAAAGCAAACCUAUUACCAAACAUAACAAGAGCAUCAGCACAGCUCCUAAGCAACCAACCCAGGAAGAUGACUUUGAAGAUUGGGGCGACUUUACCGACGGACCAGCAGAACCAGCGGAGGCGCCUAAACAGAAACCCAAAUCAAACUCAACCCCUUCUACACCGUCAACUCCAGACCCUCGAAGCUUCAUUUCUUCGACACCAGCUUCACCUCCAACUGUUCGACCCACCAACAUCCCACCACCCUCCGUUCUUCUCUCCCUCCUAGUCGAAAUCCUCAGCGCACUACAAAAGGAAGCUCUAAAAGCCCAACCACGCAGCACACCACCCGCUCAAAAAGAGGAAAUUGCUAUCAAAAUUUAUACGACCUUAACAACAUCAGCCCGCAUAAUAGCCGGCCGCAGCCUCCGCUGGAAACGCGACACAAUCCUCAGCCAAAGCAUGCGCAUCGGCCCCGCAGGUAAACCCGGCGGCAUGAAGCUAAGCGCGGUGAACAAACAUGAAGAUGUUAAGGAGUCACAGGAUGCCGUUGAUGUUCUAAGAUUAUGGCGUGAGCGUUCUGCGUUGUUCAACGCUAUCGUGCAAGGUGUGGGGCAGAAAGCUGUUCCUGUCUUUACUGAUCCGACGGCCUUGAAGGUUGUUGUGGGGCGUUCUGAGGAGGGUGCGAUUAAGGCUUCGCAUCCUUGUGCGCUUUGUGCGCUUAAACGGGACGAGCGUGUUUUAAGGGUUGAUGAGGGGGAUGUGAAUGAUAGUUUUGGCGAGUGGUGGACGGAGCAUUGGGGGCACACGGGGUGUAGGAUGUUUUGGGAGAGGAAUAAGGAUUUACUUUUGCAGCGAUGA